ACCAGAGCAUCCCGCCGUUCCCCAACCCCCGGAAUCCCAGCAGCCUCAUCUGUACUGGCAACUGGCAAGGCUAGCCAUGACACGACGCAGCCGGGGCAAGCGCCGCCGCGCGAGCCCUGACGCGCCGGCGAAGCGCCGCCGCGGAGGCCCGCCGGAGAGAGAGGCCGACGACUAUCCGGAGCCCGCUCCGGCUCCGGAGCCUGCGGCUCAGCAGCCGCCUUCGGUGAUGGUCGCAGGGCUGCCGCCCGGCUGCGGCGUGCUGGGGCUCAAGUCACGGCUGGAGGCGUACGGCCCCAUCGCUCGGGCCCGCGCGGCCGCCGGGUACGUCACCUUCCGGUCCGGCGCGGCCGCCGUGGCCGCCAUUGCCGCGUCCCUCGACCCCGAUGGCGGCAUCACCAUCGGAUCCAACAAGGUGGCCAUAUUCAUAUCAUAGCUACAGUAUCAACUUGAACUUAAAGGUAACAAAUCAUUACCUUACGGAAAAGUUCUUUCAUUCCUCCACCAGCUGAGCUCGGAUAGUAUAUCAUUAUAUUAUGGUCAUCACCUUCAUAUGAUAACAAUUGUAAGGAGUAUAACCAUGUUUAUUCUAUUACUUUACAAAGAUACAGUAGGAAAAAAAUGAAUUGCAGUCAAGAGAUCAGUAGUUUUGGAUAUUACCAUGGACAGAUUUUGCAUGCAUCAAUACUGACUAAUUAGCAUAGAGAAAAGAUCCAAACAAACAGAAUAGUCAAUGGGGAGAGUUUUCACAGUAACAUAAUGUAUGAGUCACACUACAAUGAAUAAAAACACAAUUUAGCAAAAAAAAAAGAAUAAUCUUUCUGCAAAUUUAAUAAACGACAACAAAGACUUAGCCCAAGCAAGUUAGGGCAAGCUAGAGAUGAAGAAUGAAUUUGUAAAACGAGAUAAAAGAGAAAAAAACAACUGUCAGUCACAAUAUCUAUUAAAUACGAAGUUUAGCUAGAAUGUCUGGACUGUGGAAUAAAAAAUACUUAAAUUUUAUACAGUAAAGUGCCAAGGCUUUAGCAUGUUAUAGAUGCUUUGGCAGUAAAAAAUGUGUAGAAAAUACCAGAUAAUCUUUUGAUGUACAAAAGUGUUAGACUGUUCACAUGUUUACUUAAGUACUGUUCAUAUGGGACUGGAUUUAUUUCCCUUUCUCGAGUACUAAGUUCAAAUAAAGCAUCCUGCCUUGACCUCAAGCUUAGUCUUCUAAGCCCUACACCAAUAUUUCUCUUCUUUUUUGGUUUGCAUGUAUUGAGCCAAAUGAAAAUGACUCUGCUAGUCCAAGACAGAAUAAUCAACAAGAAAAAGAACAAGAGAAAGCAAUUACAAAACUUAUCAAAUUAAGAGAUGUUACCAUCAAUGGGUUUCUCCACAAAAGGCUUGCAAAACCGUUUCCCAUGGAUCUCAAUAAAAUCAUCAUCCUCAACAAAGUAGUUUAGUUCUUGGUUAGGGUACUCUCUUCUGACGACAGCAUAUGUUGGAACAGGAACCCCAUACAAUUUAAGUUGCUAAAUAGCAAGAGAAAAAGAACAAGAAGAACAUCAACAUUUUGGAACAACAUAAAGUAUGUUUGGACUGUUGUAUAAGACAAUAAAACCUUCAUAUAAAAGUUUGCAAACUAGGGUUCAUCAAACAUUCCUUGCACCAUCACAGGACUCAAACGUGUUCCAAGAUUGGUGGCGGUGGGCUGUGUGAGCGUCGAAAAUGGCCAGAAAAGGGCUGAACUCACUGGUGAUCCUAAUGACAUGGUUGAUCUGGAAGCUCCGCAACCGCUGUAUCUUUGAUGGUUGCCAACCAAGACCAACUGGUCCUGCAAGCAACCUUGUGGAAGAUGGCAAAGGCAAAAGCGCUAGGGGAGCUGUUGCAGUGAGGAGAGUGUGUGGUAGUUCAAUUCUUCAAGGGCGCGAUUGUAACAGAAACUAACCCCAGCCAUGGAUUCGCCAUGCAAUUGGACCAUUAUUUCUAUCUAUUAAUACAAUAACACGCAGUUAUCCUCCAGGUUUGAGAGAAAAUGAAGACAUUUAUGUUGGUUUGGAAAAGCAAGAAAAGAGUCCCUUCUGUUUGUUUCAAAUGAAAACAGGACCCUUCAGUAAGUUAUUGUGGAUUUCUUGGGCACAACAUACAGGCGCAAGCUGCGUCCACAAGUGGCUAGAGUAAUUAUCGUGUGUUUUGGUUUGUUCAGGGGAUAAGCAUUAGUUAGAGUUUGUUUAGCAGAUAAGUUAGAGCUCAUUAGGCAUGAGAGAUUUGCAGUUUGUUAGGAGAUUUGUUAGUGCCACUGUUAUAUAUUGAGCACGGCUUAACUCUUUGAGAAUUAAGCAAGAAAUAUUAUUAUCCCCCCUAAUAGGUUGUUCAGAGCAUCAUAACGGAGGGUGAAUGCGCCUCAACCCCUUGCUGAUCCCCCAUCCAAUCUACCAUAACAUAAGUACAGUUGGACCAAAAAUCAUCUGUUGCCAUGAAAUCAACCUAGAAUAUAUGCUAAUGAGUAACAUUUAUUUAUAAAAUGAAAAAGUCCAAAUUACUCCCCUUAAGUAUGGCUAAAGUCUGGAUACCGGGAGAAAUCAUCCGGCUUAAAAGCAUCUAACAGAGACGAUAGAACUCAUCUGAGGUCCUAAGUACUAGAAAUAUUAAUACCUGAUAUACUUUGCUGCGGUCAUGAAGGAGGUAUUGCGGGACCAACUCAUUCACCAAAAAGGGCCUAAAGAACAAUAUCUAAGUAAAGUUACUCAUCAAAUAGUAAAAAUCCUUAAAAUGAGUACUCUUGCUUCUAAUCAAAUGUAUUUGGCACUUGCAUGUCCUCCCAAGCAAGAAUCAAAAGGAAAAUACACUAAGGAAAUAUUGGUUCUGAAGUUCUCUUUCAUCUGUUUAGUUAUGACCUCCUGGCAACGGGCAUAGAGGAACUCUCAUCUAGGAAAACAAAUUCCAUGAUGAUACGAAUUUCGAAAAUGUUAUUAUUAGGAGAGUUGGUUUAGAUUAACUAUCAGUCAAUAGAGGCAACCAUAACAGAGUAUAUUUCACGAUGAUAUUCUAAAAAGAAACUUUGAAUGAUGCAUAUCUUGCAGACUAAAAGAAAGUGUAUUUGGAUUAGGACUAUGACUAAUAAUCAUAAUUCCAUAUAGAAGUCGCACAUGGAUCAGAUUGUCCAUAAUCGAUAAUCGUAACACUAGUAUAGUUCCUUUAAGUACUAGAAAAUACUAAAUCUCAUGUACAUUUAGAUCCAACACUUCACAAAUGCUACACUUGAGUCAGAGAUGAUAAUUAACCUUCGUAAAGCAGCAUAUUUCUCUGCCUUUUUUAGUGGAUACCCAGAUGAGUAAAAGGCAAUUAGACAAUCACAUAAUGGCCAACUGUCAAAAAAAAAA